UAUCCUCAAUCAAUCUCCACCGUUCAUUUCAUCCCAUCCUACGGCCCUCCCCUCCUCAAAAUCCCCAAACCAUAUCCUACAAAAAUCACUCCUAAUUCACUCUUAAAUCUUCACACCACCACACUCUCCACUCUCAGCCACUGAUUCUUCAAGAAUCUAUCAACCCACCACCACCACCACCACCACCAUGGCGGCUUCCAUCGCCCUCAAAACCUUCAUCGGCCUCCGCCAGUCCACGCCGGAGAACAAUGCUAUUGUUCUCUCCAAUCCCACCGCCGUCGCCACCUCGCCCCGCCGCAGGCUCCGUAUAAAUGCCUCGAAGUCCAGCCCAAGGGUCACCGGCCGCAACCUCAGAGUGGCGGUGGUGGGUGGUGGCCCGGCCGGCGGCUGCGCGGCGGAGACGCUCGCCAAAGGGGGUAUCGAGACGUUCCUCAUCGAGCGGAAGAUGGACAACUGCAAGCCCUGCGGCGGCGCAAUCCCGCUCUGCAUGGUCGGAGAAUUCGACCUCCCGCUCGACAUCAUCGACCGGAGGGUGACCAAGAUGAAGAUGAUCUCGCCGUCGAAUGUGGCCGUCGACAUCGGCAGAACCCUGAAGCCGCAUGAGUACAUCGGGAUGGUCCGCCGCGAGGUCCUCGACGCCUACCUCCGGGAGCGCGCCUCCACCGCCGGCGCCACCGUGAUCAACGGCCUCUUCCUGAAGAUGGACCUCCCCCAGUCGAAGAACGCGCCGUACGUCCUCCACUACAGCGACUACAACACCAAGACCGGCGCCGCCGGCGAGAAGAAAACCCUCGAAGUCGACGCCAUCGUCGGCGCCGACGGCGCCAACUCCCGCGUCGCCAAGGGAAUCGGCGCCGGCGACUACGAGUACGCCAUCGCCUUCCAGGAGCGAAUCAAGAUCUCCGACGACAAGAUGAAGUACUACGAGGACCUGGCCGAGAUGUACGUCGGCGAUGACGUGUCACCCGAUUUCUACGGGUGGGUGUUCCCCAAGUGCGACCACGUGGCAGUCGGAACCGGCACGGUGACCCACAAGGGGGACAUCAAGAAGUUCCAAACCGCGACCCGGCUCCGCGCCCGCGACAAGAUCGAGGGCGGGAAGAUCAUCCGGGUCGAGGCCCACCCGAUCCCGGAGCACCCGCGGCCGAGGCGGGUACUCGACAGGGUGGCACUUGUCGGGGACGCCGCCGGGUACGUCACCAAGUGCUCCGGGGAGGGGAUCUACUUCGCGGCCAAGAGCGGGCGGAUGUGCGCCGAGGCGAUCGUCGAGGGGUCCGAAAACGGGAAGCGGAUGGUGGACGAGAGCGAUCUCCGGGUUUACCUCCAGAAGUGGGACAAAACGUACUGGCCGACGUACAAAGUUCUUGAUAUUCUGCAGAAGGUGUUCUACAGAUCAGAUCCCGCGAGGGAGGCAUUCGUCGAGAUGUGCGCCGACGAGUACGUGCAGAGGAUGACGUUUGAUAGCUACUUGUACAAACGGGUCGUGCCCGGCAACCCGCUGGAGGAUUUGAAGCUGGCUGUGAAUACGAUCGGGAGCCUUGUGAGGGCGAAUGCGCUGAGGAAGGAGAUGGAGAAGCUUAGCGUAUGAUUCAACGGGUCGGGUUGGGAUCGGGAUCCGGUUGGAGGAUGGUGUGUUGUGUGAUUUUGUGCUCUUUGUUUGUGGGAGGGAUUUUAUUUGAAUUUGUACUGAGGAAAGAUUUAUAUAUAUAUGUUAAUUAGACCCUACCUCUAUGUAUAAGAUAUUUAUUUUUUGUUGUAAUUGAAUGGAAGCUUUUGUAAAACACAAAGCUGUGUUAAUUAGAAUUAAUAAUGGAAUUCACUUUUCUAA